AUGAUUUUAGGAGUGAACUUCGCUGCCAAAGGGGACUGCAUCGUUUUGGUCGGAUCACGCCACACUUCGACCCUCAUAAAGGAAAAAAAACAAGAGGGCGACGAAGAUUUCCUUACUUUUGAUGGGAAGGUUAUACACGAAGAGUUCACGGGGAACAGAGAAUUUAUUGACAAACUGAUAAUUGUAUACUUGACGACGGAAAGAGCCAAUGAUGACUGGAUCCCAGAUGGUCUUGAUGAAAAGAGGAUCUUCAAUAUGCAGGGCGAAAAAAUUGUGGAAAGUCCUUUGCUGUAUCAGCUUGAGUAUUCCAUAAGGAAAAUAUUGCUUGGAGAUUCCUUUAUGAUGUAG